AUGUCUUCAAUAACAACAAUGGAGAAAAAAAUAAAACAACAAAAAAUAAAAGAAAAACAACAAAAAGAAUCUAUUUCUUCAAAUAAUAAUAAUAUGGGAAAUAAUAAAAAUAGUAGUAAUAAAUUACGUUUGAGAGAUACUUUAUUAAAUAUGUUGGGAGAAUUUGUGGCACUUAAUAAAAGUCCGGAAGUAAGGCUUUCAUCAGCUUCUCAGCAAUUUUUGGCUGAUGCUGUUCUCGAAGAGAAACGUCAUUUGGAUAAGGACCAUAUCAGACAUGUUCGGUCAAUAUCAUCCAAUGCAGUUUUGGCAAGUCCAUCAAUGGGGCAUUCUCAAAUAAACCCUACAUCAAAUUCAUUUAUUCAUCAUUCUCGACAUGUUUCUCUCCCAACAAACCACGAAUCUUCUAAUCGUUUUAGUCUUUUCCCACCAAGAUUGCGUAAAGUAGCCCAAGCAGAUGAUCGAAUUCGUUCCCAACUUCAGCAACAACAAAGACAAACAAACGUUAUUUCUGAGGAAAAUGAAGAAGAAAGUGAACAACAACAACAGCAACAAACUUCUUUUAAAACAAACCAAACAAGAGUUAAAAAGGAAGGAAGAAAAGCAGCCGUAGCAUUAUAAAAAAUUGAUGGAAUAAGAAAAAAAUAUUUUUUUUAGGAUUUAAUGAAUUGGAAAAGAUAAAUAAAUAUAAAUAAUUAUUUUGGC